GUUUGUUCCAGAUCAUUCAAGUGAUCCAUCAUAGCAUUAUUGGAGGAAACAUACCAGCUUCAAUUUAAGCCAUUCCGAAGACAUACUCUGCACUCUGCUUCUCCUUAAUUGCACUCCCUUAGUCCUUACGCAUACCACACAAGUGCCAUUGAUCAGAAAACCCGAAGCAUUAUCAUGGAUAUCUACGGCCGACCCGAGCAUGAUCCGGAAUUCCAGGUACUUGAGGCGUCUUGCCCAAAUAUUACAACAGAAUACCUAUAUUCCCUAUGGAGUCUAGUAUACCAGUCACGUCAGCAAAACCAGUACAGCAAACCUAUGCCGUGGAUUGGGAUGUAUAUAGCAUUAGCAUCUCUGCUCUGUGUCCUUGCAAUGGUGGCUGAUUUAUUAGAUGGUUUGCGAAACAGAAAGCUCUGGUUCCCAUGUGUUAUGGACCAGGCUACAAAGCUUGGAAGCAUGAGCUUUAUGUGCACCAUGAUGGCAAAUUUAUUGCCUUCUUUAGCAACCAUGAAGGACAAGGAGCUAGUCUCAAACAUGAUAGCUGUAGCUGUACUGUCCAAACAGAUUCUAGAAUUGAAAUACAAAACAGCUAAUGAAACAGCUUUAAAGGAUCUAGUGCUGCCUGAUAGAAGAUUAACUGUUGCGAAGCUAAAUGAGUAUGUGACAAAGUACUGGAUCAUGGCAGGAACCGGAAGCCCUCAAUUUCUGACAGUCUGCUCUAUUUCGACAUCUGCUUCAGGGGUAAUAUGUGCUGCAAGCACUGGCUUCUUUAUUUCAGUUAUGAUUCACAGAUUUCCACGUGUAGGACAUCAAGCGGACUAUAAGUCGGAUUAUAAGUGGUCAUUGGUAGUGAUUUUCGUGAUACAAUCCAUCGGAGUGAUACUGGGUACAAUUGCCCCGCUUGCCAGAUGUUUUGCAACCUUAAGCUUUGAUUUGUCAAUAAAAUGGAUUUGGAAGCAUGUGAAGAUCUGUGAAGUAGAGAGCUACCGGAAUCAGAAGUUAUAUAAUUGGAAAUAUAGUUUCAUACCAUUCCUAUCCGGUAGCCGCAAAUGCAAGAUUGUCAUCCAGCAUUUGAAAAUCCAAAGUAUCAUUCUUUGUGUAGGAUUUCAGAAGACAGUCCUUGUAGCAUGCAAGAUGAUAAACAUGAUUACAAUUCUGUUUUUGAUAUUUGUCUUGUUUUGUCGUUCUUGUUGGAAAUGGUUAAAGGCCAUUAUGUUUAGCACAUCAUGUCAUACGUUGGGAGAACAACCUAACGAGCACCUAGGAAAAAAUGAAGAUCUUAUCAGGUAUGUUUUGCAACUUCACGAAGACUUACAGGUUACUGAGAAAACAUUGAAACGCUUGUUAAAAUCUGUGAAUCGCUUGAUCCAAAAGGCUGAAAAACAACAACCCAUGAAUCUUAUGAAGCUUCUAUCAAAAUCUCAUGGUUUUGAAGGACUUGCAAAGUUUAACAGCAAUCAUGUUCAUUCUUUACUUCCACAAGAAUAUGUCAACUGUUGGUCUUUGCCUUUGGUAACACUAACAUCCAUCGCCAUGUCUCUACCUGACAUCCAAAAGAACAUGGUCGAUUGCUUGCUUAAUGGUGUGAGUGAGGGUCUUUUAUAUGUCACCCUUGUGGAAGAAAGCCUCAACGCUACUGAUCAUGAUCAUGUAAGCAUUCAAAAGGCAGCUGAAACUUUGUGGGUAGAUGUUGAAGUGUACCACAAAUGGUUAGGAACUAAGCUGCCAAAUCCUAAGUCUAAAAUGAAUACACCGGGAGAUAUUCUUCAAUGGUUAAGGGAUAAGGCUAAGAAGAAGGUCAACAAGGUGGAAAGUAUGGAUAUCAGAAGCCGAAGUUAUGGUUCUAAAUACAAGUCAAUUUGUGCCAAUUCAAUGUAUCGUAUCACUGAAACAAUCUUGCUCAACGUCUACCACGAGAACAUUGAUCAGCAGGUUAGCCAAGAGGAACUAUUUGCACAUGUAUCAUCAAUGAUCGCUGAUAUAAUAGCUGCUUGUCUCACCAACUUACCCCAAGUCAUUCUAAUGAAAUGCCAUGAAAGUGUCAUAGAGAAAAGGGAGGCGAGUGUUCAAGCUGCAGCUCAACUUCUAGGUGAGACUGCAGGGAUAAUCAUCACCCUUCAAGAACGUGAACUUCCAAGAUUGAAUCCAGACGAGUUGGCGUUUAUCGACAAGUGGUCAGGUGCUUACUUAUUAGAGAAUUCGUUUCCUUGA